AUGGCCGACGCACCCCGGACUGUAUUGAUCUCAGGCUGCUCGUCGGGAAUCGGCCUGGAGCUCGCGGUACAGCUGGCUCAUGACCACAGGCAGCGCUACCGAGUGGUGGCCACCAUGAGAGACCUGGGAAAGAAGGGGACACUGGAGGCAGCUGCUGGAGAGGCUCUGGGGCAGACCCUCACCGUGGCCCAGCUGGACGUAUGCAGUGACGCGUCAGUGGCCCAGUGUCUCAGCUGCAUCCAGGGAGGGGAAGUGGACGUGCUGGUGAAUAAUGCUGGAGUGGGCCUGGUGGGGCCCUUGGAGGGGCUCAGCCUCGCUGCCAUGCAGAACGUCUUUGAUACCAACUUCUUCGGGGCUGUCCGCCUGGUCAGAGCUGUGCUUCCUGGCAUGAAGAAAAGGAGAAAGGGCCACAUUGUGGUGGUCAGCAGUGUCAUGGGACUGCAGGGUGUCGUGUUCAAUGAAGUCUAUGCAGCCUCCAAGUUCGCCCUGGAGGGAUUCUUUGAAAGUCUGGCUGUGCAGCUGCUGCAGUUCAACAUCUUCAUCACCCUGGUGGAACCUGGCCCAGUGGCCACUGACUUUGAGGGGAAGCUCCUGGAGCAGGUUUCCACAGCCGAGUUCCCAGACACUGACCCUGACACCCUGCACUACUUCCGAGAUUUCUACCUCCCGGCCUCCAGAGAGCUCUUUCGCUGCGUAGGGCAGAGCCCACAGGACGUGGCCCAGGUCAUCGUCAAGGUCAUCGGCUCAUCCAGACCACCCCUGCGCAGACAAACCAACACUCGCUACACUCCGCUGGCUGCGCUCAAGGCUGUGGACCCCUCCGGGAGCCUUUACGUGCGCACCUCCCACCAACUGCUCUUCCGCUGGACACGCCUCCUCAACCUUGGCCUCCGAUGCCUUGCCUGCGGCUGCCUCCGCAUGCGAAUAUGGCCCCAGUGAGCAGAGCUUCACCCAACCCUCUCUACCCCUGCACAGCCCCUUUGGCUCAAACUUAUCUCACAGGCCAGUACAGACUCUUCAUUCAUUCAUUCAGCAAACUCUGCCUGACCUGCUCUGUGCCUGGGCAUUUCUGGGACCCCAGAAAUCCCUCAGUCCCCAGGCACACACACACACACACACACCCAUGGUCAGGGCCGGGGCAGAAAGAGGGACCCUUGAACCCUGGGCUGAGGAACCCAGAGUAGGGAGCUGGAGCUGUGUCUGGGAAGGCAAGAUAGGCUUCCUGGAAGAGGGGACAUUGUUGCUGGACCUUGAAAGACGGAAUAGACUCUGCCUCAUUCAACCUCUGGACUUACAUUAUCUUGGAUGUGAAAAUACAAGGAUGAUCUAAAAUCCCCUCCACAUAGAACUGAGGUGACUAAGGGGUCUUCAAGACUUUUCUGGUCACACAGCCCACCAGCAAAAUGUUUCAUGCGCUCGC